AGGGCUCGGCGCCCGGCGACGCGGAGCCCCGCCCAGGCCACCCUGCGAACAGCAUGGGACGCCGCAAAUCCAAACGGAAGCCGCCCCCCAAGAAGAAGAUGACGGGGACCCUGGAGACCCAGUUCACCUGCCCUUUCUGUAACCACGAGAAGUCCUGUGACGUCAAAAUGGACCGCGCCCGCAACACUGGAGUCAUCUCUUGUACCGUGUGCCUGGAGGAAUUCCAGACGCCCAUCACCUACCUGUCGGAACCCGUGGACGUGUACAGCGAUUGGAUAGACGCCUGCGAGGCAGCCAAUCAGUGACGGCGCAGGGCGGGCCUUUUCGCAGGCUCAGAGACAGUGCCAGGGCUCUGCCCGCCUGCACGGCCCUGCUCUGCGUGCG